AUGGCUCCACUGAUCGGUGAGGAUGGUGAUGAUCACUCGGCCGAAGGCCAUCGCGUGUUUUUGGACUCGAUGCUGCAGCGUGAUUACGGCAAGAGCCUGUACGAUUGCUUGUUUAUUCUCGGCGACAACUGUGCCUUUAACAGAAGACUGGCAACAAUUGCUCACCUCCCUCUAAUCGGAUGCGCGAGCCGAUGGCUCAAUAUCGCCGUGCAAGCCUAUCUUCAAUUCUACAAGGACGAGCUGGACACCAUUCAAAACCUGAUGCGAAAGCUUCGCACGCUGAAUCACGCCGCAAAACUUCGACACGCGAUGAUGGACCGCUACUUCUGUCUGGCGGGGUUUAUAGAGGCAGAUGAUGAAGAACUGUGCGAGCUGAUGGCUUCCCCGCGCUCUGUGAAGCGACUUCUGUCUCUGCCGUCCGACUUGAAGCGCAUCGAGAGUGUUAGCAAGUCUCUACAGUGCGAGACGACCACGAUUUUAGACGUACGGCUUUGGUUUGAUGGCCUCAUCGAAGUUGAUCCCUCGUUUGCUGAGUAUUUGGCACCGCGUGCUAGAAUCGUUCAUUCUCCAGAUUUCGAGAGCGGUUGCACAAAAGUGCUCGAAGGCGAAGGCGCCAAGCUAACGAGGGCUGAAUCUGCCGCGCUGGAACCGUUCGCCAUCGAGCACAGUGAGAGUGAGUCCGACUCGGAGUCAGGGUCGUUCGUUGCGCAGCUCCAGCGCAAGUGCCGUCGGGCGCAAAAGCCUCAGGAGUAUGGACUGCUGAGCUUGAUAUCGCCCACCUCCAAUAUGGUGGAGCGGUUUUUCAGUCUCGCCCGUGUCACGUUUGGACACGAGCGGCAUUCACUGAGCCCGUACACGCUCGAAAUGGUUUUGUUCUUGCGAGUUAACAAGAAAUAUUGGGACGUUCGCACGGUCGAGCAGUGUACGUAG